AUGUCAACAAACAGAUUCAUUCAGUCUUUCACUCACGUUCCAAAGGAGCUUUUCCGCCUGAACACAGGAGCCGCCGUUCGCCUCCGCGCUCAGCCAGGCCCAGUGCGACCGCAGCGCAGCUUCGACCUCCUUACAGCCGCAGGAAAAGUUCAACCUAAGGCUCUCGACCCAGCUUCUUACGAAUGGCCGAAUGGCGCUUCUAUGCGACCCAACUCCGCCGGACAGCAGAACCUCGUUCGCACUUUCAGGGGCUCUACGAUUUACGUAUAUGCUGUUCCUGCAGGUUCGUUCCCACCGAUCCUGAAGUCCCUUGUCCAGAACCUAUCUGAACAUUUCAUAGGAACUACAUUGCCUGACGAUCUCAUCCUCGUCCACGAAUUUGGCGACCAUUACUCAUUGCAGGCUAGAAAGGAGAUGACAGUGGAAGGUAAUAUAGUCCUUUGA